AUGGUCGAGAGAACAUGUACAUGCAAAAAGUUUGAUAUCGAUGAAAUUCCUUGUAAACAUGCCAUAGCAUUUCUAGCCGACAAGAAGAUUGAACCUUAUGCGUACUGCUCAAGAUACUAUACAAAUGCAGCUAUGUUAGCGACAUAUUCUGAAACUGUAUAUCCAUUGGAGAAGGAAGAAGAAUGGAUUAUUCCAGAACAUAUCAAGAACAUGAUUGUCAAACCACCCCAACAUAGAACACGAACUGGAAGGCCUAAAAAGGGUAGGUACCAGUCAAAGUGGGGAAAUCCUAAAAACGAUCCAAAUCAAGGGCAAUGUGGAAAAUGCGGACACGCUGGACAUAAUAGGAAGACAUGCCGAAACAAGCCAAAAGAUACCUAG